AUUCUACGACGAGAACAAACAAAAGAAGUGCAAAAAAGAAAACAAAAUCCCAAACCCUUUCUAUUUCUGUACACUAAAACCAAAAUAAUCCCUUCUCUCAUACAAUUUUGAGGCGAGGAGCACAUGUUUCCAGGUAUCUUCUUAACUCAACCAACUUCAUUACACCAAACAGUAUCACCAUUGUACUGUGGAAGGAGAUAUGGACGUGUUCUUGGUUUUGGUUUAAUAGGGUACCAAUGCCUCGCUGUCUUGCAUGUGAACAAGGCCUUCUGGCUCUCUCUCUGCUACAUGCGAUCAUCUAACGCUAUAAACCCACCACACCCAUCUGCCACUUUUCAUUUUGAUUCAUUCAUUUCACUUCCCCACACACAUUCAACUUGGAGGGUCUGGACAUAACCCAGUUUUUUGUUUUGGGAUUUGAGUUCAAUUUUACACAACUUUGGCGAAAAUCUUGAGAGAUGUAAAUAGAUCAUUGGUUGCUUGUUGAAAUCGUUUGCGGAAAGUUCAUGUUCUCUGUUUUUUUUUGGGUUCCCAUUCUGAUCUGGGCUCUGUUUUCUUCUUGAAUUUGCAUUGCACACAACCUGUUUGAUAAUUUGCCUGAGAGAAAAAAGGGUUGGGGAAUAUGGAUUUGUUGGGUUCUGAGUGCAGUAGUGGGUGUGAGUCUGGUUGGACUUUGUAUUUGGAGCAGUCUUUUCGUUCACAAGGCUGCUUAGAUCACAUUGUUGGCGGAGAGGAAUAUUGGAAAGUUAAAGGUUCUGAAGAAGAGGAAGAGGAAGAGGAUCUUUCCAUGGUUUCGGAUGCAUCUUCUGGGCCUCCACAUUUCAUAGAAGACGAAGCUUGCUCCCAAGAAGCAUCAAAAUCAGCUACAUUGGGGAAGAGAAAGGGCAAAAAACAGAGAAUUCAAGAACAUCAAUGCCAGGGGGAGCCUUCUUCUUCGUUCCUAGACGACACUGCUAGCUCUCCUGCUCUCAACUACACUGCUAAUAAGUUCACCCAUCAAGCCUCAAUGGAAAGCUUCUUGGGCUUCUCUCAAACUAGCCACUUCGAGGAAAGAUCGGCCUGUACAGACCAUUUUGGGUUCCUUCAAGCUUCUCUAUCAGGAAAUAGAUUGCAGAAGAACCAGUGGUUUGAAGGCGAAGAAGGAGGGAUAGGGAUGAGAUGAGAUGAGAUGAGACAAGUGGGUUUAUUUUUGCAUCACUUUCUUCUUAAAAAUGCGUGGGAAAUGGAUCUGCUGAAGAGAUAGGCUUUGUUUCCCUGUUUUUUUUGUUCUUUUCCAUCUUCAUUUCUUUCCCUUUUUGUAACGAUCAAUGCAAUGGGAACCAUUUGUGAAUUGGAAA